AUGGAGAUUAUCAAAUCAAAUAAAGGUGGUAACAAAGGUUUUUACAAAGGUUAUGUAUAUGUUGUAAAGUAUAUUGGCGUAUCAAAAAUAACCUGGAGGUGUUCUCAGAGGUGUUCAAUGAAAUGUACUGGAGAAUUAUACACCGAUCUCAAAAUGGAGAACCCAGAAGUAAAAACAGGACAUAGUCAUUUGAAAGAUGAUGACAGUGUUAAGAUAGAAAAAGCUUUGUGUAUUAUAUAG